AUGUGUGCGUGGGUAUCGGAGUACCUGGUACAUAGGGGUGAAAGACUUCUCUGCUUUUCGGUUUGUAAGGAUUUGCAGAGAAUCUCCGUGUCUGGAACUUCAGUGCGGCAGAGGAGGAGACAAGUGAGAGCACGGGCGUCCGAAGUCCAGAGGAAGACCGAGACAAGCCACUCGAGGAGGAAACAGAAGACGAAGGCGACAGAAGGCCGGGAGAGAGAGAGGCGGGACUCGGGAGACAGAGUGAAGAGGAGAGAGGAGAAGACGAAAACGAGAAAGAAACUGACCGGGCAGAGACUGAAGAAGGCGCUGCGGCGCAAGGACGAGGAAGUGACGAGAAGAAACGAAAGAGAGGAAGGGAGCCCAGAGACGGCAGAAAAGAGCGACAAGGGGGAGACAGAGAGAGAGGCAGACGCGUUUCUCCGGCGCGAACGCAAGAGCACUUGUCUUGGAGCAAAAAAGACAAGGAGAGGAGUUUCACUCCUCCAACGAGUGGAGCCCCGGCCGCAGCACCGAGGUGCCGCCGAGCGUGAGGCGGCGCCGCUAGGACGACAGUCGCCAUGA